CAUGCGUGGAGGAUAUGCGCUUUGCUGCAAAGUCUUCCUUUACUCCACACACGCUUCUAAGCCUCGCUACUAACUACACUUUAUUCAUCCUCCGUGUCAGGAUAAACUCCACUCGUCUCAGUCAACUUUGGACAUUAUUAGGCCCGCUUAGCUUGCUACUUGUUUUAGCGCGCUAGUUAGCUUAGCGUGCUAGUUAGCUUAGCGCGCUAGUUAGCUUAGCUUGUUAGCUGCUAACAAAGAGACGCGGAUUUGAUCAACACAUCGCUUAGUUAAGAUCAAGUGUGAGUGUAAAGUGUUGUGAUUGUGUGAACAUGUGUGAAAGAACGAUAGCAGAGUACAAAGAAGAACUUUCUCGGACAAAAGAAGAGAACAAGAGACUACGUCAACUACUGGACGCUGUUUUCAAGAAACCUCAAGUUGUGUUACACAGAACAGACGUCUGUGAAAAAUAUCGUCCACCUGAGCAGCAGGAGGGGUCCUCCAGUAUGGAGCAGAAGAGGUCACUGCACCUCCACGUGAAAGAAGAGGAGCCACAGUCCCCCCACUUUAAGGAUGAAGAAAAACAGCGGCUGACCCCCCACUUCAUAGAGGAAGACAAGAGACACCUCAUCAGUGUGAAGAGUGAAGAUGAUGAGGUCAAAAGUGAAAGUGAGGAGAAGAGAGAGGCGGAGCCUCCAAGCAGCAGCUCAACACAACACAUGACAACAGAAGCUGAUGGAGACCACUGUGGAGGAUCACAAGCAGACAAGAUCUUAGCUCCACUAUCAGAUAGUGAGGACACAACGUCACACUCUCCUGACACUGAUGAUGAACACUCUAAAGAUGAUGCAACAUGUCACACUGACAACACUCACUUCACAUGUUCUCUCUGUGACAAAACUUUUAAAUACCAUAGUGAUCUGAAAAGACACAUGAGAACACACACUGGAGAAAAACCUUUUUCAUGUUCAGAAUGUGGUAAACGUUUUUCCAGAAAUCAAAGUUUAAAAGCACACAUGAGAACACACACUGGAGAAAAACCUUUUUCAUGUUCAAUCUGCGGUAAAGAUAUUACUCGAGGGGACAAUUUCAAAACACACAUGAAAAUACACACUGGAGGAAAACCUUUUUCCUGCUCAGAAUGUGGUAAAAGUUUUAUAAUAAAUCAACAUUUCAAAAGACACAUGAGAACACACACUGGAGAAAAAACAUUUUCAUGUUCAGAAUGUGGUAAAAGUUUUUUCAGAAAUCAAAGUUUAAAAGCACACAUGAGAACACACACUGGAGAAAAACCUUUUUCAUGUUCAAUCUGCGGUAAAGAUAUUACUCGAGUGGACCAUUUCAAAACACACAUGAAAAUACACACUGGAGAAAAACCUUUUUCCUGCUCAGAAUGUGGUAAAAGUUUUAUAAUAAAUGAAAGGUUAAAAGAACACAUGAGAAUGCACACUGGAGAAAAACCUUUUUCCUGCUCAGAAUGUGGUAAAAGUUUUGUACUAAAUCAACAUUUCAAAAGACACAUGAGAAGACACACUGGAGAAAAACCUUUUUCCUGCUCAGAAUGUGGUAAAAGUUUUGUAGUAGAUGAACGUUUAAAAGUUCACAUGAGAACACACACUGGUGAAAAACCUUUUUCAUGUUCAAUCUGCGGUAAAGAUUUUACUCAAAGGCACCAUUUAAAAUUACACAUGAGAACCCACUCUGAUGAAAAACCAUACUCCUGUUCAAGCUGCAGCAAAAGCUUUCGUCACCUAAACACUCUUAGAGCACACAUGAGAACACACACAGGUGAGAAAGUGUGUAGUUGCAGUGUGUGUGGUGAAAGAUUGUCUUCUAAGUACCAGUGUAAGAAACACAAGUGUGCUGGUGAGAACAGCAGCAGCAAAUGAAGAUGCAGGAUUUGAAAUAAACUGUCUAAACUUUAACUUUGACUUUCUAACAACAUCAGCACAUAUAACAUGUGUGACUUCAUUGUUGUGUGUGUAACACAAUCUUGUUAAUAUGAUUCUAACAGUUAUAGAUUAGACACUUCAGAUUAGUGCUUUUAUUUCAGUCAAGUACAUGAGUUAAUAUACACAUUUGUGUACUUUAAAAUGAACAGAACAAUUGGACUGAAAAGGUGGAAAUAAACAGUACAUAAAAUAUGUUACAUUCAAUUAACAUUUUAUAUGUAGAUAUUCAUAAUUCACUUUUAUAAUUAUUCAUAAUAGUGUUUUGUAUAUGUUUUUUGAAAUAAUGAUGGGUUCUAUAGAUGAACUCCUUUAUAUGAUGUACAUAUUUGUUUUACAUGUGUUCAUACCUUUGCUUUUGAGUACACAUAAAUCCUUCUUAGUUCAUAUUUACUGGUUCACAUGUGAAACAUCUUCUGGACCACUUCUGGAAGCAUAUUAUUAUUUACUUUAUACAUCAUUUGAGCUGUUGUCUUUUAUACAAGAUCAUUUACUUUUAAAAUGUGUGACUUUAUGAAUCAUUUGUUGGGUCUCUA